GCUCCGCUUGUGGGACGCCCGCGGCCGGAUGCCCUCCGUCCGCUCCCUUCUCGGCCUCUUGGCGGCCGCGGCGGUCUGUGGCGCCUUCGCCUUCCUAGGCUACUGUGUUUACCUCGACCGGAAGCGGCGCGGGGACCCCGCGUUCAAGCGCCGCCUGCGGGACAAAAGAAGAGCCGAGCCUCAAAAGCCUGAGGAGCGGGGCACGCAGUUGUGGGAUCCAGCGAAGAAUAAAAAAUUGCAAGAACUUUUCUUGCAAGAGGUACGGAUGGGAGAACUUUGGUUAUCUAGAGGAGAGCAUAGAAUGGGGGUUCAGCACCUCAGCAAUGCCCUUUUGGUGUGUGGUCAACCACAGGAACUUCUGAAGGUUUUCAAACACACACUCCCUCCCAAGGUAUUUGAGAUGCUGUUGCACAAAAUUCCCCUUAUUUGCCAGCAAUUUGAGGCAGACAUGAAUGAACAGGAAUGCUUGGAGGAUGAUCCUGAUUGA